AUGGCUUUGCGACAACCUGUUGCCGAUAAGUUGCACUCCUCGGUGUCCGCGUGUCCGGACGUGUUGGCCACGCACGUGGUCUGGAAGUGCGCUUUCGGCACGAUCGUCGACUCGUUUUGUGGCAUAGGCUGCCUGGCCAUUCGGCUGGCGCGCACGUGCCAAAAGGUGAUCGCCGUGGACAUCGACCCGGCCAAAAUACGGUUAGCUUACCGGAAGGCCGCGGAGCUCGGAGUCGCCCACCGGAUCGAGUUUCGAGUCGGCGACAGCUUCGCGACGCUGUCCGGAAUAACGUCCGAGGCGGUGAUUACUUCGCCGCCGUGGGAUCGAAACCGGCGUUCAGUGCCGAAGAUUUGUGCUGCCGCCAGAAGGGUGGACUAA